AGAAAGCCUUCUUUCUCUUGUCUUUUCCGAUUUCGUCCUUUUACCCUAAUUUACAAAUGUGAAGGAAAACCGUACCUUAAAAUUUGUAGAUACGUUAUCCAUAUUGACGGAGGCCGCUAGCAAUGUUUCAGAAAAAUGUCUGGUGUUAUGGCGUCGUGGAUGUAAGGGACGGCUACGGACUGGUUCGCCAUGGAAUAAUCGUUGAUCUGGUCGAAGACGGCGGCGAUCUCCUUGUGGAUUUUGACUACCCUGGCCAUCACGCUGACCGUGUUCCCCUGAGCAUUUGUGUAGCCUUCCAACAGAAGUUUAAAAAAGGGCCGUAUGUGGACAAGCCUGCUAUCGGACAGCAGGUGCAGAUUCUCCAUCAGCGCAGCCCAGACCAACCAUGGUCCUGGUAUCCUGGGGAAAUUUGUCUCCAAAUCGCUGAUUCCAGCCGCUUGAACCCCCAUUCUCUUGUUAGAUGCGUUAUCGACGGGGAAACCAUAUUUGAAUUCGUGGAUGCGAAUCGAAUUCAGGUCGCGACGGAGUACUGUCUGACAAAUAAGUCGUUACGCGGCUCUAGGUCGGCUCGGUUCCACGAUGAAUUUCCCCGGCAGAAUAUUCAUUUUCGGAAACAUCGCGUUAAGACCAACUUUUAUCCUGGAAUACGCUACUUGGCGGAGACGCCGGGAUUUCGGGAAACAUGGAAUAAGUUAACGAGCACGAUGUUUGUGCGGGCUGAAGUGCUGCCGGACCUGCAGUUAUUUAUGCAUUAUGUAACGGCGUCAAAACACAAACAUGAGCUUACCGCGGACGAUUGUUUGAAAGUGCUGCUAAAGUUGGACUCUUUACUGGGUUAUCAUAAAAGAAAACGCGAGAAACGUGUGAGAGAUUAUGAUCAGAAAGACGAGGAAGAAAAACGACAGAGAAUGAAACUUGCCAACCCAGGCGAAAUCCUCCCUCAAACACAGGCUGGUGAUUUCGAAAACGACACUGCAGCGCUGUCGCAUUUGCCUCCCGAACUCCUGACGGAAACCCUGGACUAUCUCUCCGCGGAAAGGCGGACACGAUGCCGCCGCGUCUGCCGCAACUGGGACACCAUCAUCACGUGCUCCUCCUCGGUCCGCAUCGAAAUUAAUGCAGCGUCUCCGCGCAUGCGAACAGCGCUAGCAUGGGCACUUUACAAAACAGUCUGCACUACGACCACCGUGCGUGUGCUGACCGUGUUCCAGCUUGACCGUUUAAUCUAUCCGCCAGCCAAUAACAUCGUUCCCCUGGUGGCCACAAUGCUGGCCGUGAUGAAUGCCACAGUGCGCGUGAUUGUCCUGGCACACAUGAGUGCUAAUUACCGCGAUGUGCUGCCUGCGCCCCCGGCACGAAAUUUGUUGCCUUCUUGGUCGUGGCGGGCCCUGUGCCGGAAGUUGAUCCUGGCAGAAGUUUUCCUUGUGAUAAGUGAGAAAUGCUCGGAAGGAGAUGUGCUAACCAGUCUGCAAGAAUUUCGCCAUGUAAAAGACAUCUUGUGGUUGAAGAACGAGCUUCCUAAGGGGUUUGUAGGUGAAUUUAACAUGCGGUCUACAGUGUUGCGGCUGCGGAGAAGCGUCAUGAAUAUGACCAAGACAUCUUGUUAAAUCGUCGUUGCAUUCGUGUCAUUCUCAGCUUGCUUGCACUUGAGGUGGGGGUCAGAUCUUUUUGAGUGGAAAGUGUUUUUCUUGUUUUGAU